CGGUUUGGCGCCUGGGCGCUUGACGCGGGCCGCGGCGGAAGCCCUCCCGCCCGCCACGGCGAGGGCCCGGGACAGACCCCUCGGGCCGGCGGGGCAGUUCCGUAUCCGCGCCGCCUCUCCCUCCCCUCCUCCCGCCCUGCGGAAGGCGCCCGGGAGCGCGGCGGGUGAGAGCCGCCGCCCGGCCGCGCUGCUCCUCCGGCGGGCGGCUGCCGGGGCGGCGCGGGGCUGAGGGCGCAGCUUGGGGCAGCUCCGCUUCCUACCGCUGGUCAAAGUUAUGAUUGGUGAACGGAUGGAUAUUUUAUAUAAUGACUUCUUUAAUCAAAUACUAGAAAAUUUAAAUAGAAGAAUUGAACAAGUACAAUGCAAAAAAACCCAUGAAGAAAUAGCUAAAAUGUUCCUAAAGAAAGUAUCAAAACUUGAGAGACGUAUUAAUGCUGUGAUAGCUUUUCAGGAGGAACUGUUUUCAAAAAUGGCUGUUGAUCAGACAAUGCUUCCAAGUGCAGACUAUGAAAAUGCAGUACUAAGCCAGCUUGGACCCUCUGCUUUCUGUCCUGAUACCAUAAAUAUACCAACAGGUUCUUCAGAUAAACUUUUGCUAUCACCUUACACUGGUUUCACUGCAGGACAUGUUUCAGAAUAUGUAAGAGCAGUGAUUUAUGAAUGUGGAACUGAGUGAUAUGGGACUGGGUAAGUAUGACAGUAUGGUCUGUACGUCCAGGUGCUGGGUGAAUUUCCUUUUAGCACAGGACUACACACAGCUGACAUUUGCAUGGCUGACACCAAGUUUCUAUCUUCAACCUUUGGGUUUCAUUGUGAAGUCAAAUUAUAUUAUUCAAAGCAUGCACAAGAUUUCCUAGCUUGCUCUGGAAGGAGUAAUCAGUGUUAUUUUUCAGUAUGUUCACUUCAUCUUGUUUUUUAUUGUUGUUUUUAUUAUUAUUAUUUACAGAAAAAUGUAUUAAUUUGUUUUUUACUUUCUGAAUAUCGAAAGUAAUCUUUGCUUAUGGCAAAAAUGAAAUUGGCAAAGAAAAUUUGCUGGUUUGUAAUUGAAUAUGAAUCAGAUCCAGAAUGUUAAUUUGACACAGCUGGAGUAGUUUGGUUAUAAGUUUCUUAAUUGUAACCAGUAAUCAACAACAGAGUAUCCAGAGGAAAGAAGGUAAGAGCUGGCAUUUGUGUACUUGAAACUAUCACAAAAUGUGGCUGAUUCCAUUGUCUAUUUGGGGAAAUCUUCUACAGUGAGUCUACUCUGUUAAAUUGCUGUUCUUUUGAUCAAAACAGAUGCAGUAGUUCUAAUGCAUCCUGGGUACUUAAAAUUUCCUCUACUUACACAAUAUCAUUGUGGCCAGCAUCAGGAAAGCCUAGACAAGUGUACCACAAUACGAGCAGCACAUGUCUAAUAAAUGUCCCUGUAGCCGAUGUUACCUUUUUCUCCAAGUGCAAUUACAUUUCAUAUGUUUCUAGUCCCUCUUAAACCGAUGUUUCAUACCUCAGAUCAAGUGGAUUAUCCUAGCCAUUAAUACAUAUAAAAAGUCUGCAAUUGAUGGGAUCUUACAGUAGGCAUCUGUCACUGAUUUCCAAACCAAGACAGUAAGGCCAACAAAGCAGUAUUUGGGUCACUUAGGCAAGCUUCGGGUCAACAGAACCUGGUUCUUACAGGUGACUUCAACUACCCAGACAUUUGUUGGAAGAACAGUACAGCAGCUCACACGUUAUCCAUUAAGUUCCUGGAAUGUGCAGAGGACUAUUUCCUCAUGCAAAUGCUAGAUGUGCCAACCAGGAAUGAGGCACUGCUGGACUUGUUACUCACAAGCCAAGAAAACCUGCUUUGUAAUAACUCAGUAAUAGCCUUGGCUGCAGUGAUCGUGAUACUGUGGAGUUCAGGAUCCUGCUGACAAGCUGAAGGUUAGUACUAAGACAAAGGUUUUAGAUUUUAGAAGAGCAAACUUCAGCUUGUUCAGAACUCAGUUGGGAGAGAUUCUGUGGAAGCUUCCAUAGAGGAUAAAGGAGCUAGUGAAUGCUGGGAGUUUUUCAAGAAUACUUUUCUAGAAGCACAAAACCAGUUCAUCCCCUUUAAAGGUAACAGAAGUAGGCAGAGCGAUAGACCCCCUUGGCUUAACCAUGAGCUCCUGAGUCUGCUCAAAACCAGAAGAGAAGCGUACCAGUGAUGGAAAAGUGGAUGAAUACCUGUUGAGAACUACAAGGGCGUUACCAGGGCAUGCAGAGGUGCAGUUAGAAAAGCAAAAGCUCAGGUCAAAUUGAAAUUGGACAGAGACGUCAAAAACUACAAGAAGGGGUUAUUUAGGUAUGUAAACAACAAGCAGGCAGAAACGGAAGGAAAAUAUUGGCCUGCUGUUAAACAGGAGAGGUGACUUAGUCACCAACAACGCUGAAAAGGCAGAGGUUCUCAACGCUUUCUUCACCUUUGUCUUUACCAGCACUGUUGGGCCCCAGUUGGGAACAAAAAUCCAGGUCUAUGCAAACACAGACCCACUGUCAGCGAAGGGUCGGUAUGCAGACUAUUACAGGAGUUUGACCCCUACAAAUCAAUGGGCCCUGAUGUUAUCCACCUGAGGGUGUUAAGAGAGCUGGCUGAUGUCAUUGCAAGGUUGCCCUCCAUCUUUGAGAAGUUGUGGAGGUUGGAGGAUGUCCCGGAAGACUGGAAGAAGGCCAAUGUCACCCCCAUCUGCAGGAAGGGCUUAAAAGAGGAUCCAGGCAACUAUAGGCCCAUCAGUCUUACUUCAGUCCCUGGGAGACUCCUGGAACAAAUCUUCCUGGGAGCUAUCACAAGUCAAAUGAGGCAUGUGAUUGGGAGAAGCUAGCCCAGAUUCACCAAGGGCAAGCUGUGCUUGACAAACCUGAUCACCGUUUACGAUGAAGUAACCUGCUCAGUUGAUGUGGGACAAGUGGUGAACAUUGUCUACCUCGAUUUCUCCAUGCCUUCCAAUACAGUUUCCCACAGCCUCCUCCUGGAGAAACUGGUGCAUCGGGGUGUGGACAAGGGGUCUGUGUGGUGGGUGGGCAACUGGCUGCCAGGCCACACCCAGAGGGUGGGGGGAAAUAGCUCCUUUUCAAACUGGCAACCUGUCACAAGGGGGUCCCCCAGGGAUAGAUAUUGACCCCAGCACUGUUUAAUAUCUUCAUAAGUGAUCUGGAUGAUGGGACUGAGUGUACCCUGAUGAAGUUUGCUGACGAUACCAAACUGGGUGAGGAAGUGGACGCUUCAGAAGGGAGAGCCACCCUGCAGGGAGACCUGGCUGGGCUGGAAGAGGGGGCUGACAAGAACCUUAAGAAGCUCAACAAGGACAAGUGUGAGGUCUCGCACCUGGGAAAACAUCAUCCAGCAGUGCAGCACAGGCUGGGAUCUACCCAGCUGGGGAGCAGCUCUGUGGAAAGGGACCUGGGGGUGCUGGGGGACAACAAGCUCAGUGUGAGUGACCGGUGGGCUGCAGCGGCAAAGAAAGAAAAUGGGAUGUGUGGCUGCAUCAACGAGGGCAUCACCAGCAGAGAUAGAGAAGUCAUAAUCCCACUCGACUCAGCGCGUGCCAGGUCACACCUGGGACACUGUGUUCAAUUUUGGACCCCGCUGUGCAAACAAGCUGUGGCCAGGCUGGAGAGGGUCCAGGGGAGGGUCACAAAGGUGAUCAAGGGCCUGGGCAGCCUGAUCUGUGAGGAAAGGCUGAGAGAACUGGGUUUGCUCAACCUUGCAAAGAGAGACCUUAACACCAUGUUCCAGUAUUUAAAGAUGGAGACUCCCUUUUUACAAGGAGUCCCAUGGAAAAGACAAGGGGUAAUGGGUACAAGUUACUGCUGGGAAGAUUCCAAUUGGACAUGAGAAAAAUUUUUCACAGUGAGAACAAUCAGACACUGCAAUAAUCUCCCCAGGGAAGUGGUAGAUUCCCCAACAUUGGACA